AUGGCUACAAAAAUUUCACUGAGAAUUCUGAUCGAUGAAGAGAAAAAUAAGGUUUUAUUUGCUCAAGCAGGGAAAGAUUUCAUGGACAUAGUGUUAAGUUUCUUAACAUUUCCCUUGGCUACAAUUGCCAAGCUUGUCAACACGGAAUCUAACAUUGAGAAAGUAAGAUUUGGAAGCAUUAGCACCUUAUAUGAAAGUGUGGCCAAUCUCGGAGAACAACAAUUUUGGACACCUGCGUGUAAAAAAAUGCUGCUUCAACCAAGGAACUCAAUGGAAGAAUAUUGCCAAAAUUUAAAUCAUAACAUCCAUGUUGCAGAGGACUUGAAGUUUUUAAUAUGCGAUGAUUGGCACUGUAGUCGCCAAUCUAGUGGUGGCUUACUGACCACAUUCUCAAAUUUAAAAUGCAGCUGCGGGAAGUUUCUGUCUCAAGCAAUAUCUCUUGCUGAUAAACAAAAGAUUGAUAAUGAAGGAUUUGUUGCAGAAGCAGUGACUUUUAGUAUUGCAGAUGAUUUAAGUGUGAAGCCUGAUAGUUUUCAAAAUUUUAUCUGUCAACCCAUGAAUCUUCUUGGACUUGAAGACUUCAAUUCUAUUAAGUUUAUGGAUGUCAAUCUCACUCGUGGCGAGAUACUGGAUUUGUUGAAGUGCUCUUUAAUCUCGGAAUCCCCCUUGACCGACAUGUUUUUGCUUAAGAAACCAUCUUUUGAGAAUAUAAAACCUAUCGGUGUAUUGGAUUUUCACAUCGGUACUAUUGAAGAAAAUCAAGGAAAGAAAGUAGAAGUGAAACUAGUGCUGAGAAAAUCCACUAACAAAAUUUUAUUUGCUUUCGGUGAUGCUGAUUUUACCGACUUCAUUCUUAGUUUCUUAACAUUUCCCUUGGGAGGAGUAGAACAUAUGUUAAAGGGAAACUCAUGUGGAUCAAGCAUAGACAACUUAUACAAGAGCAUUCUUGAAUUGGACAGUGACACAUACUUGAAAUCUUCUGAUUUAAAAGAUAAGCUGGUUAAACCUAAACUUGCCCACCAAUUCAAACUCCGUAACCAGUUGUUCCCCUUUGAUGAAAUGCCUGAUCCUAAUAUAUUUUGUGUCACUAGACAUAAUAGGAGAAGAACUGGUUUCCAUGCAUAUUUAACUGCUUUGGAAGAUCCAUAUAUUGAUUCGAAAGCGUUAUGUGUUCCAUUGAAGUUUUUGGAGCCACAGUCAUCAACUGGCGAAGCCUAUGGUGAUUGUGGUGGAAGAGGAUUCAUGAAGAGUCUAGCAUUUUACAUGGUGACUGAUGACUUGGUUGUCACACCAUGCACAUCUGUUUCUGUCAUUUCAAUUUUGAGUAAAUUGGGGAUUCCUUCUUCUGAUUUGGAGGAAAGAAUAAUUACCAUUGGAAAUAAAGAGGGUCUUAGCAUUUUGAAAGCUUCCUUGACGUCGUCUUCUGCUCUGACAAAUGGUCUUGCUCCAUUUCUUAAAGUCAAGGUUGAGACACUUCUCAAAGUCAAGGAUGAGAAUAUCUCAAACUAA